UCAGCCAAAGGAUUAUACAGGAAUAUUAUUAUAUCACGCUUAAGGGUUAGAUAAAAAAUCCUAAAACAGGCCGUUUCUGCAACAACGAUGGCAAUCUUCCACUGCACCGUCCUUCGACCCCACAGACGACAUCAAGGUCAAUAAUGCAGGAAUUGGUGGAGUUAUUGUAACAGAUCAUGAAGCAUUUAGAGUCUUCAUAGGAGGAGGGGUUAAACAUAAGAGGAUUGAAGUAUGUGGCAAUAGAUUCAUGGAUAUUUAUCAAUCGAAGAAAAAUCCAGAAUGAUACAAAUGCCACUUUUCCAGAAUUAGGCAACAAAUGUGUUUGUAGAUGUUUAGGGAAAGAAAGAAAAACAAUUUUUAUGAUUCGUACAAAUAACUGUUCUUGGACUGCAAAAAGAAAUAUUGUCCUCACCCAUAAUGCACCAAAGAGUUUAACAACAAUAAUUAUCGUGUAACAGAAAAGUAAUUUUGUAUAGUGCUUGGAAUCGUAUAACGGAAAAGAAAUUCUAUAUUAAAUGUUUUGUGUUAAUUCAUUGACAGACACCUCUCGUUUAUAGAGGUUUAAUUGAGGUUGACUCGGUAGCAACCACAUGUUCUUUUCCACAAUUUCAGAGAGGAAAACCUUUACACAAAUGUCAAUUCUUCAGAUAGAGAGCCUUCAAUGACAAACUUGCGCUAGCAUUUGAAAUAAUAACACUAUUUUGAGAAACUAAACAUGAUUAUCAACUAACCUUUAAACAAUUGUCAAUUCGGGAACAUUCUACUCACUUUGACACUCAGAUCGGAUUUGUCAAAGGUACACCAAUCUUGAAAAUUUGUGAUUAAUUUUUUUAUCUGUUUCUUGAAUCAAUAAAUUUGCAAUGGGUCCUUCAAUUGGAAACCAUUAUAUGAACCCCAUCGCCCCUUUGUUGCUUGUCUCCGAAAAAAACUACAUUAAAUUCUGACCAGUAUUGCCCACCUUUCUUGCAUCAAUUUAUUGUGUGAUCAUUGCAAUAAUUUAUAAUUUGGUUUUACUUAAUCUAAUUGGAGUCAUAUAUUGGCAAUUAUUUCACAACGAUUUUCAUCUCCUCAUCGUCCCAAUGAGGACCGAUAUGGACAUUUGAGGCACGUCCAAGAUUCCACUUAAAAUGGAAUUGAGAACCCAAACAAUAGAGCAUGUCAUGAGCUAUGGUUCACUCACUCAACUCCGUGAGAAGUUUGCACAUAUUUACGUACCCUAGGGGUGACACAUUCGAUUCCCCAAAACUAUGUGAGGAACAAUCAUCACCAUUAUCAUGUCAAGUCCACGGCCUAUCACGACAUUUUCUCUAGUCCAAGAUCAUUCAAGUGCAAUGGUAAAACUAUAAUGCUAAACCUUGCAAAACCAGCAAGGCCACCAGAAAGGGAAUCUAGAGCACCACAUAUAUUGGACUUCUCUUCAACCUUUUUGAUGACAAACAUGUGUUAGCCAAAGAAGUGGGUCAAAUCAAGAUAGUCUUGCAGGUAUUAAUACUCUUCAUAAGUUACCCACUUCUAUCAUGUGCAAUAGGGAUGUUAAGUACAAAAGUCAUUUUUGAAAAACACUUUUGGACAUCUGUAGGCACCAAUUUUAAAUUUUCCUUUGCAUUUUAUGCUCAAACUGGUAAGAAAAUUCCGAUUGUAAACCAAGGUCUAGGAAAGUUGGUUAGUUAUUUUGUAAUAGAGCCCCUUGACACUUGGGACUUCUUGUUAUCUAUCAAGGAGUUUGCAUAUAACAGUUUGGUCAACUGAUCUGCUGGAACUCGUUCCUUAGUGAUUCUAUCUAGGUGUUUCUUCACAACCCGUUGACUUCAUUUUGUUGCCUCUACAUUCUUGUUCAUUAAAAAUUUCAGAUUCCUUUGUCCAGCUUGUCAAUGAAUUUCAUGCCAAUAUGCGACAACAAAUUGUUUUGAGUAACAAAAUUAUGAAUUUAUUGCAUAUGCUCAUAUUAAGAAUCAUAAAUUUAUUAGAGGUUACAUUAUAAUUUGUAUGCAAGGUGAAAUUAGGGACUUGAUAUAACUAGAUUUUUUUUUUUUUUUGUUGGUUUUGUUAUUUUUGGCAAUGUUCUAUUUUUAGGGAUAUUUUAGUAUUUUAAUAUUUUAAGAUUUGUUUAAGUUUGCUCAUAUGUAAUCUAACAAUUCAGCUUUGGAUUAUUUAAUAAUAUUUUGAGUUUGCAAACUCUCUUCCUCUGUUUUCUCCCUCUUCGUUCUUGCUUUUUUCAAUCCCUCAGUCUCUAAUCUUCCUCAUUCAAUUUACUUCUCAUCCCUUCGUCUGUCUUCUCACCUCCUUUAUCUGGCCCUAUCCCAUUUUCUCAUUCUCAUCCCCUUCUUUCUUUUUGAUUCGUAAUACUUGUCUUCCGUCCGUUGAUGUUUACUUGCAAGAAUCACAAUUUUAGCACUUUUGAAUUUUUGUAGAGUUUGCAGUCAUUGUUGGAGCUGACUGGAUGAAAGCUCAAGUUGUAGUAUCAUAAAUGAGUUGAAUUUCUACAAAAAAAAAAUGUUUUUGAUAACUUUGAAUUUAUUUUACUAUGACAAUAUGUACAUAAAUUACUUUAUUGAUUCUGAUCUGUAAAUAAAUUACUUACACACUGCAAUUUAAAUAUAUGAACCUAUUAAAAAUUUCUUUUCUAUUCCCAAAUCUUUUGGCAAUCACAUGGAGUGCAAAAAUAAGAUUUACAGAUAGGUGCUAUCAGCCAACAACUUUGACGAUAUGUCAGUUCGACCCUAUAAAAUAAAUAAAGCUGGCAUGAGUAUAACGUGUGUGGUACUUAUCAAAAAAAAAAGAAAGUAUAACAUGGGUGGUGCUUAAUCCCAAGGUGGACAAACUCACCUCGUUGAGAUAAAGCUACAAUUUUUUAUAGAAUAGAGAAAUAUCUGUUACGAUUAAGUGAAAGAUACUGAGAAUAGAAAAAAGAAAAAGAGAUAAAAAAGAAUCAAAUUUAAGAAGAAAAACAAAGGCAAAACCACCGUAGGACAUGACUCAUGAGGGUGGCAAUUAAAUAAUUGACCCCCCAUUAUCAAGAAAGAGAAAAGGUCAACCCAGCUUGGGAUUAAGGCGGAUUCUCACAAAGUGAACAUCAUUCAGUAUCAACUCACAGCUCUAGUUUUUCAACAGAAAUGGAAGAGACCAGCAACAGUUCAACAGGAAAAAGGUUAGCUGUGGUUACAGGAGGCAACAAAGGCAUUGGACUUGAGAUAUGUCGCCAGCUAGCAUCUAAUGGAAUUGCAGUAAUAUUAACAGCCAGAGAUGAGAAGAAGGGUAUCGAAGCGACUGACAAUCUCAAAGUUUCUGGCCUCUCAGAUGUGUUUUUUCAUCAACUUGACAUAAAAGAUCCUGCAAGUAUUGCUUCAUUUGCAAAAUAUGUACAAACACAUUUCAAAAAACUUGAUAUCCUGGUCAAUAAUGCAGGAAUUGGUGAUUGGAAGAUUGUGAGUGAUGAGAAUGCGGAGAAAGUCAUAAAGCGACCUUAUGAGAUGGCAGAAGAGUGUCUCAAGACAAAUUAUUAUGGAACCAAAGGAGUAACUGAAGCACUUCUUCCUCUCUUGCAACUCUCCAAUUCAGCAAGAAUAGUGAACGUUUCCUCUGUUUACGGACAACUAAGUUAUAUCAACAACGAGAAGGUCAAAGAAGAGCUGCAAAAUGUCGCCAGCUUAACUGAAGAAAAAAUAGAUGAGGUGUUGCGGUGGUUUCUAAUUGAUUACAAGGAGAAUAAAUUGCAGGCUAAUGGAUGGCCCCCGUCUGCUUAUAAAGUUUCCAAAGCUGCCAUAAACGCCUAUACGAGGCUUAUAGCAAGGAAGUUUCCUGAUUUCCGCGUAAAUUGUGUUCAUCCUGGUUAUGUCAAAACAGAUAUUACAGGUAACAUGGGAGACUUGACUCCGGAGGAAGGUGCUAGAGCACCUGUAAUGGUGGCUUUGUUGCCUGACAAUGGUCCUUCUGGCUCCUACUAUGAUCAGAUGCAUGCAUCCAUCUUCUGAUUUAAAAAAAAAAAAAAAAAAAAAAAUCUGCAAGUAUAUGAGUUGGGGGAAAUAUAUAAUAAUCGUUGGUGAAUGAUAUUGUCUUGCUAUACUUCUUCUUGCUUUUUAAAGGGUUUGGAAUAACAUAAGUAACUUUAUAUUAAAUUAUAAGUUUGAUUAGUUUCUA